AUGGACUCAUCAAAGCUUAACCCAGCCUGGACCCUGGGGUCCUCUCAGAUGCCCAGUGAAGAAAAUUCCCAGGAAGAUUCAGCUGCCACUUCACCUAUUUCAAAAGCAUUAAUGAAGAACCUUAGUAACUUGACUCUCAACCCUAGUACCAAAUUCCACCCCCCUUCUACCAGAACAUCCUAUGGCAUACUCUACAGGAGGAGUGGGGUAAGGACAUUGUUAACUGCUCAGAAAGAAAGGAUGCAAAGAAUGAUACAAAUUAUUAAAUGCCACCACUCCAACCAACUUCCUGUGCUUCCAAGAGAACCACGACAGAAGAAAACUGAGGUUGAAUCAAGAAUUCAAAGAUUUAGAUGUAGGUGUCAUUAUUGCCUGUAUCAUAGAGAUCUUUCUGAGAAUACCAGCAUGGAGAAUAGUUAUGACACAGAGUCAAUUGAGCCUUAA